AUGGCAAAAUUUCAAAUAAAUACAAAGUCUAGGGACUAUUUACGAGACAAGGAGGCCUUUUUAAAAGAAUUAAAACAAUUUAAUGAAAGUAAAAAUAUUCCAUAUAAAAUACCGGUAGUGAAUGGUGUGGACAUAGAUUUGUAUCUUUUGUAUUCUUUAGUGAUACAAAAAGGUGGUUUAAGUAAAGUUAAUCAGAAUGAUACUUGGGAAUCAUUUCUACGUCAACUAAGACUUCCACAUCCUUGUGUUAAUGGUUCUACAUUAUUAAGAAGAAUAUAUGGGACAUAUUUGGAAAAGUAUGAAAGAGCUAAAGGUCCUCCAGGCAGAGAUGAUGAUAAUGAUAUGGAUGAUGACCCAAGACGAGGUAGCAGGAGUGGUAUGCCAAGAAUUUCAUUUGGGAGUGGAACUUAUAUAUCUGCAUCAGGUGAACAACUUCGCACGGGCAAUAGAGUUGCCGGUCCUUCAGAAAGACUCACUCUCUCCCUCUUAUCGCCGAUGCCUAAUGAACAGGAUUUUGCUGUGAAUGUUUGUACAGUACUUGCUGCAGAUCAUUCUAAUCGUUUGCCUUUAAGCACUACACCUCAUAUAUUGGACUUUUUGUUGGCACAUGCAGGGGUUUAUAAUCAUUCAAGCCUCCGAGACACUAUCGGUCGUUCGUACUAUGAAGCCCGAGGUCGGUAUCCACACGAGUUCUGGCAGCUGCGAGCUGGUGGAGGAGGUGCCAAGGAGCUGGCAGACGAGACUAAGUUCAUGCAGCCGGGGCUGGAACAGCCUGAGCUGAUGGUGCAGGCUCUAGCGGCUCAUAAUACCCUGACAGAUUGUCUGAUGCAGGGAGACGAGAGUGAGGAUCUGAUGGAUAAGAUUUUAGAAGACGAUAUUCUAGAAGAUUGGGUAACGGAACCGUCAGAGGAAGACCAGCUUUUCGCUCCUGAACUAAGCGGUGGUGCCAGUUGUGUAUACACACAGAGAGUGUUGCAAAUAGCAUCAAUUGUACGGUCACUGUCCUUCCAUGAGGAAAAUAUUCAGUAUCUCGCUAGAAAUACUACUCUUAUUAGAUUUCUUCUGCUAUGUGCAAACUGUUGGGUGGGAACCUUGCGGCAAAGUGGUCUAGAUACUCUUGGGAAUGUGUCCACUGAACUCAUUAUUAAGGAUCCAGCAACAUGUCUCAUCUCCCGACACGUGUUAUCAACUAUACAGUCGGCGCUAGUGUCGCCGGACCGGGCCCGAGUUUUGGCAGCCCUGGAAUUACUCAACAAGUUAGCUCAAAAUGAGGCUAAUGAGGAUGCUUUGCUUAAGGCCUUAGAUCCUAAGGUGUACAGCGACGUGUGCGCGCUACUGACGCUACGCGACAUAAUGGCGCUGGUGAGCGCGCUGGAGUGCGUGUACGCGCUCACGGCGCUCGGCGACCGCGCGUGCGAGGCGGCGGCGCGCGCGCCCGGCCUGCUGCACACGCUCGUGUCGCUCGUCACCGUCGAGGCGCAGAGCUACGGGCCGCGCGCGUGCAUCCUCAUGCGCGUGGUGGAGACCGUGAGCGGGCCCGCCGCGCUCGCCGCGCCGCAGGACGAGCGCCCGCAGCCGCAGCCACAGGAAUUAUUAGACACCACUAACGAAUGUUUAAGUGCUUUGAGAAACUUGGAUAUAGAUGUCAGUAGUUGGGAUGUUAUUAUUAUUUAUAUGAUUAGCCAAAAACUCGAUCCACAGUCCAGAAAGGAAUGGGAACUCUACAUAGGAGAUGUUUCACAAGAAUUACCUAAACUAAGUCAAUUUAAUGAUUUUUUGGAACAUAGAUAUAGGGCAUUGGAGUUUAUAGAUCCAAAAAUGAAUAAAAAAUACACUCGUAAUAAUGAUAUAAAGGCACUUCAUGUCUCAAAUGCAAUCUCUUGUGGUUAUUGUUCUGGAGACCAUAAAUUAUAUAAUUGUAAAAAGUUUGCUAAUGAAGAUGUUCACUCACGUCGUAAUUUUGUCCAACUUAAAAGGUUAUGUUUUAAUUGUCUCGGAUUGAAUCACUCGGUAUAUUCGUGUCGACAGUCUACCAGAUGUCGUAUAUGUAAGAGAAAACACCAUUCUCUUCUGCAUACUACGGAACCUUCUAAAUCAGAUGAGGAGAUCAAAGCUGUUAAGUCGGUUAGGGAAGUUUCAUCAACCUCCUCACAAAGCGAGACCGAUAAUGUAAUUUCUUGCCAUUCAAAUAUUUUUAGCCAAGUUUUACUUGCAACUGCUAUGGUAAAAAUUAAGGCGAGGAAAGGUAAUUUUAUACUGUUUAGAUCUUUAUUAGAUCAAGGAUCGCAGGCGUCAUUUAUUACUGAAGCUGCAGUCCAAAUGUUAGGGUUAAGAAAAAUACCUAAUAGGAGUAUCAUAUCAGGGAUAGGUGGAGAGGAAGAAUCUAAACUUUCUUCAAAAGCGAUGGUAAUAGUAAAUAUACAGUCUCGCACUAAUCCUAAUUUUAUUAUCACGGUUAAGGCUCAUGUUCUGAGUAAAUUGACCGCUCUUCUUCCAGAGAAAAAUGUCACAGUGGAAAUGAUUACGACACUUUCGUCUACAGAGUUAGCAGAUCCGUCAUUUAAUAUUCCAAAUAAGAUAGAUUUGCUACUAGGGGCAGAUGUUUAUGGCCAGAUAUUGUUAGAAGGUAUAGUCAAAGGUCCUCCGGGCACUCCUAUAGCGCAAAAUACUCAGUUCGGUUGGAUCUUAUCAGGCCAACCACAACAGAGCCAGCCGACGAAAGUAGUGGAGUCCCAAGCUUCCCCCAGCGCGACGCCCGCGCCCAUGACGCCGUUGCAGCAGUCGCAUUUACAGCAACGUACGGCGCAGGAGAACGAGCACUUCGCGCUGGCGUGGCUGCGCGCGACGUACGAGCCGCUGCCGGGCGGCGACAACAGCGCGAGCGACGCCGCCGACCUGCACCGCGCCUACGCGCAGUGCUGCGCCAAGCUCGCCAGGAAGGGCGUCAUCGCCGCCGCGCACUUUCCACGACUCGUCAGGACGGUGUUCGGUGGCACAGUGGGACCCAAUACAAUAACCAACGCAGCAGGCGAGACUCAGCACGUCUACAUCGGCAUACGGGCCAAGAACUUGUCUAAUAGAACCAAUCCGCCUGUGGGUCCAUCGUCACCUAUAUUGAAAGCGCAAUUGACAAACAAACCAACAGUAGUGGAGACGAAACCAGUUGUUACGCAACCUCAGGCGCAAGCACCGCCGCCGCACCCACACCUCGCGCAGGCGCUGGAGCCCGGCGCGGGCAACAACACGUCCCUCAUCAAACACCUCCUCGCCCACAAAGUAAGCCCGCCGCACGUGCAAGUGGCCCAAAGACAACAAAAUCAACAAAGAGUUGGAACAGCUGGUACGGUUGUUGUGCAACAGAAUCCGACAACGAAUAUGGAAGUUGACCCUGAAGCGUUGAUUAAAUGCACUACAAUCAUACCCGGUGGAGUUAGUAACGCUACGGGUGAAAAGUUAAUCAUUAAUGCCAAUGAAGAAGUCGUAGUCCCUAAAGAAGAACCAGUGCAAAUUCAGAUAGAUGAGCAAGCGCAGUUGACUAUCAAGACUGCCCAAAACAAAAUGCUAGCAGAUCUCCUAGAGAAAAAAUCUAACCCCCCAGUCCAAGUUGUGCAAAUGGGACAACAAAUAAACGCUCCAACAAUACAAAUAACGGAAACGGGACAAAUAGUUCAAGUUAAAACGGAAAAUAACCCGUUAAUACAAAUAGCUCCGGAAAAUGUCCCAUCGGCACCUUUCUUCCAGAUAAAAAAUGAACAAGGUCAACUAAUACAGAUUAAAAAUGAUCAAGGGCAGAUAAUUCAACUGAAAAGCGACCAAUUGCAAGGUGUUAUUCAGUUAAAGAGCGAUCAAGGUCAAAUGGUGCAUAUUAAAAAUGAUCAGGUUAUACAGCCAAGUGUUAUACAGAGUGUUAAAGCGGAAAAGGACCAAAUUGUAGAAACUGUGGUAACUGAUCACUCGUACACUGAGCCCCCGAGUAAGAAAGCGAAGGUUGAAGAGAAGUCUGAGAGUAAUGCCCCAAAAGAGAGUGUGUCCAAAACGGCAGCAAACCUGUACGCGGCUUUAGCUGCCUCGGCCCUAGAAGAUGAGGACGAUUUGCGAGCCCGCGGGAUUAUUCUAGCGGGCGCGUUAUCUUCUAAGCUACCGCCGAAACAAGAAACAGUAGAGGUGAUUCCUCCCUCAGUGUUAGUAGCGGGCGCGUCAGAAAAUUCUUCAGUGAUUAUACAAGAACCAAUACUACAGGUCCAACAACCAACGUUACAAGUGCAACAAUCAAUACAAGUUCAACAACCUACUAUACAGGUUCAAGCUUCUUCUCUACAGGUACAACAACCUACAUUGCAAGUCCAACAACCCAUGCUACAAGUACAACCGAUGGACGUACAAAAUAUUAUUGCAUCGCAAGCUGGACAGAUUAUAUUACAAGAAAAACCAGUGACGUCACAAACUACACAGUUCGUUCAACAGCCGAUGCAAAUUAUUGCAACGCCAAGUACUUCACAAGGUCUGAGCUAUAUAGCGCAGAAUAUUCCCGGUAAUAUGAUGCAGAAAACAAUCAUCAUAGUACAAGGACCAACAGGAGGUGGGCCCUUAACUCUCACUGUUAACAACCCAGCCGGUUUGGACGAGGCAACCCUAAACAGUCUCAUAGCGCAAGCCACUGAGGCGAUAACCCAACAACAGAUUAUACAGAAUUCGGGAGUAAUACAAUCGACACAAAGGGUGAUAGUGAGUCAACCAACCCUAGUGAGCACCUCACAGCCCAUAGCCGUUGUUAAAACAACAAUAACACAGAAUGCCCCACAAAUAACGCCGAGUCAACAACCUAUAAUAACAACGCAACCGCAACCACACAAAGCCCAAAUUAUGAACCAACCGCAAACGCAACAGAUCGUUGUAACUCAAAAGCAACCUCCAGCACUUAUCAGUACAUCGUCAACCAACCAAAUAGUAACCAAUCAGAUCGUAACCAGCAAUCAGCAAAUAAUACAAGGGAAUCAACAGUUAUUGCAAGGCAACCAGCAAAUCAUAGCGGUUUCCAAUAACCAACAGAUCAUUGUUAAUGCCCCGAUGAAACAAGGGGUUCAUAGAAUUGUUCAGCAACCACAGAGGAGUCAAGUGACAACGGUUCCGGUUACAAGUGCAUCGAUGACAAUGGAUAGUAAACCUUCAGCCAUUCAAAGUGCGGUGAAACCCGCUCAACCCGUUAUGCGCCAAGUUAUCACCCGCCAACCAGUUAUGAUGGGAAAUACCAAAAUCGGUGAUAAGGAAGUGUUCGUAUCACAAUCUGUCGCAGAGAAACCAGCAACUCCUAAAAAGAUAGAGACCCCCCCACCGCAACCCUUGCCGCCCGGCGCUGAUGACACCCCCUGGAUUUGUCAUUGGAGGGGAUGUGGCAAAACGUUCUCGAACGCAUCGGAAGUGUUCUCGCACGCGGCGCGAGCGCACUGCCCGCGCGGCGCCGGCGCGGAGGCGGCGUGCCAGUGGGCGGACUGCGACCGCGUGCCGCGGCGCACCUUCGCGCUGCUCAACCAUCUCACUGAUAAACAUUGCACGCCGCAUGCACUAAAAGCGCUAUACAACUCGCGUCGGCACAUGGCGGCGGAGGCGGAGGCGAGCAAGCCGGUGUCGCUGGGCUACCCGCCCAACGCCGCCCUCGCAGCCCUCAACAAGCACGCCGCGGACAUGUUCAACCCUAGAGAGCUUAUGGAUGAAAAUGAAGGCCCCGUGACAAAAAGUAUUCGACUCACCGCUGCCUUGAUAUUGAGGAAUAUUGUCAUUUACUCGAACACCGGACGAAGAAUACUACGUUCCUAUGAAGCGCAUUUAGCGUCCAUAGCGCUUAGUAACGUUGAGGCGUCACGAACAAUCGCCCAAGUACUGUACGAUAUGAGCAACAUU